AUGGCCACCAAGUCUGCCAUUGCACUCGAGAGCUCGUACCGCGUGGCGGUGAUCGGCGCCGGAUUGGCUGGCGUGAGCGCUGCCAACGCGUUGCUCGCCUCCAACAAGUUCGCGGCCAGUGACGUCUGCGUGCUGGAAGCUCAGUCGCGCAUCGGCGGGCGCGUGCAGACGCAACCGUUCAGCGACACGCUGCCGGUCAACGUGGAGGUGGGCGCCGCGUGGAUCCACGGCACCGAGGGCAACCCGUUCUCCGACUUGGCGCGCAAGUUCGGCAUCGCCUUCAAGGAGGUGGCGCCGCGGAAUCCGUGGCUGCACCCGGGCUCGUGCAAGAACUUUUUGUUCUUCAACGGACGCGAACAACUGCCUCAGCAGCAAGUGGACGAGACGUGGCAGUGGCAAGAUCUGCUCAUGCACAAGCUGCAAGCUCUGGCGACGUCGCCCAAUGCCGCAGACCACCAGCAGAAGGCGCUGUCGGCGAUCGUGGACCACCUCGUCGAGUCCGAUGAAGACUUCCGGGAGGUUGUGAAGGCUCCGAAUGCACGCGCGAGACUGGACGUGUGUUUGAAGCUGAUUGAAGUCUGGAUGGGGGUGAACGAUGAUGAAGUCCAGCUCGAUGACUUUGCUGAGAUCGAGCUCAUUGGUGACAACGCUGGUGCACACUGCAUCGCCCCUUCGGGAAUGGAGCGCUUCAUCGACAACCUGGCGGAGCCUGUGAAGGACUCGAUCCACACGAAUGUGUGCGUUACUUCGAUCAACUACGAGGGUGCGGACGGCGUUGUCAUUGAGUGCAGUGAUGGUCGUCGAGUGACGGCUGACCACGUGAUUGUGACUUCGUCGCUCGGAUUCCUUAAGUCUGGCAAGCUGCACUUCCAACCUGAGCUUCCGGCGCCCAAGUUGGGCGCCAUCCAACGCUCGAAGAUGGGCCAAUACAUGAAGAUCUUGGUGGAGUUUCCCGAUGUGUUCUGGCCCAAGAACUCGACCUUCAUCGCGCAGCUCAAGGACACGUCGGCUUCUAGUAGUGACUCGGAGCGCCGAGUCUACUUCCCGGUGGUGUUCAACUACCAAUUUGCCAAGGGGGUGCCUAUUAUCGAGGGUGUCCUAGUCGGUGAAAACGCGAGCAAAAUCUCCGCUUCCUUCACGGAUAAAGAGAUCGCACACGCCCUCUUCCUGCAGCUGCAAGAAACUUUUGGCCCGAACAUCCCGGAGCCGGUGAACCACUUCAUUACUAGGUGGGAUAAGGAUCCGUGGUCGGUGGGCGCCUACAGUUCUCUCACAGUGGAGAGUUCGGCCGAGGACCCGGCCAUUCUGCGGGAAACGGUGGCCAGCCGCGUGCUUUUUGCCGGUGAAGCCACAGACUACAAGUUCCAGGGCGCGUUGCAAGCUGCAUAUCUCUCAGGUUAG